UCAGGGCCACCCGCUGACCUUAUCAGCACGAGCUCCGCUAACGGUGAAGCCAAACUGACACCAGCAGCUGAAAGGACCAACGUGGAGCCUGGAGCUCCGCUUCCCACCAGAACCGCUUCUGUUGCGCACCAUUCCCUGCAGGAGGAAACAUCCUUUGCAUUUUCCAUGCGCCUGCGCCGCGGUCCAGGAGAAAUCCUCAGAUCCCACAGAGGUGUGAGACGGCCCAGCUCUGCCCUGGGGACUUCUCCAUGACUCCGGGUAGCAGCCUCUCUGCUUUCACCCUCCUCAUUACCUACUGCAUCGGGCCUCCGACGAGCAGCUGGGGAGCAGCGCUGGCUGCUGUGCCUCAUCCUGGCAGCACGAGCCAUGUCAGCACUCUGGGGCUGGCAGAUGGGGCUCUGACCCCCAUCUCUGCCCUGGACUCAGCACUGCCUCCAGCCCUCAAACAGAGGCUCGGCUCUGCUCCAAACCUCACCUGAGCCCUCGGUGAUCAGAAUUCGGACGGCCCAGAAUUUGGAGGGCUGAGCUGGAUGCUGAAUCGCUCCCUUUCUGCUCAAUAUCCCGAGCUCAGAAUGGACCUCCUCGACAGGAAGGGCUCCUGCUUGCAGCUGGCCGCCAUGCGGAACGUGAACAUCAUCCUGCAGCACUACAACUUCUCUGGCAAGCUGACCAACCGGCCUUCCCAGGAUGAGGGCAUGGGCCUCAUCCGCACCAUCUUCGUCAUCGUCAGCUGUGCCAUCAUCCUGGAGAACCUGCUGGUGCUGCUGGCUGUGCUGCGCUGCCUGCGGGCACGCCGCUGGGUCUACUCCUGCAUCGCCAGCAUCACCAUCAGCGACCUGCUGGCCGGCAUCGCCUACCUCUCCAACCUCUGCCUCUCAGGCAAGAAGACCUUCCAGCUGUCCCCUCAGCUCUGGUUCCUGCGGGAGGGCAUCCUCUUCAUCGCUCUGGCUGCCUCCACCUUCAGCUUGCUGGUGACGGCCAUCGAGAGGUACAGCGCCAUGGUGCGGCCGAUCGCUGAGAACGAGGCCAGCAAGACACUGCGCCUGCGUGGCCUCAUCGUGUUCUGCUGGCUGCUGGCCUUCGUCAUCGGGCUGCUCCCGCUGCUGGGAUGGAACUGCCUCUGUGAUUUCAGCACCUGCUCCAUUCUCCUGCCCCUCUACUCCAAGAACUACAUCCUCUUCUCUGUGGUCAUGUUCAGCAUCAUCCUGCUGGGCAUCAUCGGCCUCUACAUCUCCAUCUUCCAGCUGGUCCAGGCCAGCUCGAGGCAAACCACCUCUCGGCACAGCCGCAAGCGCUCGCUCCGUCUGCUCAAGACAGUGCUGAUGAUCCUGGGCGCCUUCAUCAUCUGCUGGAGCCCCCUCUUUGCCCUGAUGCUGUUCGAUGUGUUCUGUGAGACGCACGCCUGCAGGCAGCUGCACAGCCUGGACUGGACCUUGGCUCUGGCCAUGCUCAACUCAGGCAUAAACCCCAUCAUUUACUCACUGCGGAGCGUGGAGGUGCGCCGCGCCGUGUGCAGCCUGCUGUGCUGCUGCUGCGUCAGGAUCAGGCUCUGCAAGCCUGGGAACUGCCCGGUCAUCACCGACAUCAACUCGGGUUCAUCCACUGAGAGCUCCCUGCGCUACCGGGAGAGCUUCCGCAGCCCCAUAGCCCCGAUCCCACGGCCCAGAGCACCUCUCUCCAGCAACUCCAGCAUGAUGAGCAAUCUGCCCAGUCUCUGAGAGGCCAAAAGUGGCCCAGAGAUCCCACUGGGACCUCAGGGUGCUGGGUGCGGCUGUCAGAACUGUGUAAGAUGCUGUGCCACCCCCGCUGCUGACUGUGGCCAGGCUUUGAGCAGGAGGUGGCAUAGAAACGUGCUCCUGGAGGGCAGUGAGGGAUACAGGCACAGGCUGGGACAGACGCUCUGCUCAAUGGAUGCUGUGCUGGGGUAGGACUGGGUGCUGCUCCAUGUCUGCACAUAUAUAGCUGCUGUACCUGCUCUGGUGAGGGCAUUUAGCCCCAUGGCACAGAGAUGGCACUCCCCACUUGGACUUGUAGGGGUUAUCAGCAGCAGAGAACUGAGGGUUGCAGGAAAUUGGACCACCGCAGCCACGUCUGCACCCACUGCUGCCCAAAGCUCAGCUCCGCAGCCCCGGCCUGCGGGACAAAGCAGCAGGAGGGCUGCCGAGGUGCUGCAAGACCCCGGGCAGGAGCGGGGCGCUGAGAUACACAGACACGGGAAGGGCGGCUCCAGGGGCGGGCAGAGCGCUGUGCUGUAUGAGCUGCGCAGGGCAAUGCUCCUGGGAAGGGGCGUUCUGCAGAGCGGUGUUAUGAAGGAGAAUAGCAUCCAAUCACCCUCCAUCGCCGUGCGGGAAGCCAAGGCCAGCCAGGCCCUGCGGAGAAGCUUAAAACCUUACAAUAAAAUC